AUGAAGGUUGGAUCAGGCACGCGGCCAGCGCGGCCGCAGAGCGUGAAAGAGCUGGUGGCCCAGGCCGAAAACUUCACAUUUAACGUGAAUAUCCCGUUCAAGCACUGGACUAGAGCUGUCGAGACGCUCUACCAGGAAGUAUGUCCAUCUUGGCUGCCGCAAUCAAUCCACAUGCUCCGUGGUCAGCUAACGAAUAUCAAGGCUUCGUUCGCCUUGUCCGAUGGCGACUAUGGCCGGGCAUACAUGAUGCUAUACAGACAUUCGGUGCUCGUCCUGAAAUGCCUCCAGACGCAUCCCCAGUUUAAGGACCCCGAGAGUCGCAAAGCCUUUCGUCCGCUUUCGAAGCGUAUGGACCGCGUGAUCGCUGAUCUCGAAGAAAUAAAGCCUAUAAUCAACGACGAAUAUGCUGAGUGGGAACGGAGGGCACCUGCAGACCUGAAAGUGGCGAAACAAGAAGGAACCAAGUCGCCAUCAAGUUACGGGGAAUUCGCGGCGCGUGACCCCAGCCUGAGCGGGAAUGCAACCGUCUUAGACGCAUCCGAAAAUCAAGAAUUGGCCGUAGAGCUGGCGCAGAAGGAGUUGGCGCGAAGAGAUACUGUUCGACAUGCAAACAGGCACACUCGGGUUUACGGCGACACCAUUCUUACGUCUCGCCUUAGUGAUGGCCAAAGAGUCGACUUCAGCCUUCAAAGUCAAAUGGAGGCUGCCCGAAGAGCUAUGGAGUCUUCACAGCGAGAUCUACAUGACAACGAAACCCUCAGGCCAACGGCGACGCCGAAUCGAGACAGUGCGCCGCAGUCGUAUGUUUACCCUUCGAUAUCGAAAUCGAAGCCCGUUCAGUUUGAUGCUCUGAAAUCACCAAUACCCAACUUACCGGUCCCCCGCCGACCCCCCAAAGAAGAUAUACGCCUGUCCCCCAGAGGUCCUUCAUACACAAGCCCACAUGAGCUACCAGCCGUCCCCGACAAAGUGUCGACUGUGGACUCACGCUCGGCACUUCACCCAAGCUAUGAGACGGCAAUGGAUCGGCCUCUUCGUCCAAAAACACUGGAGGGCCCCCCCCUUCCUAAGAAAGAGCGACUGGCAUUUAAACCGGGAGCAUAUCUUGAAAAUGGGGACCCGAUCCGUUCCGUAUUUCUUCCGAGCAAACUUCGAGCCGCCUUCUUGAAGGUGGCUGCUCCAAACACGAGGAAGGGACUGGAAAUGUGCGGGAUCCUGUGCGGGACACCGGUUAAUAACGCAUUGUUCGUGCGCAGUUUGCUUAUUCCCGAUCAGAAAUGCACGUCAGACACUUGCGAAACAGAAAACGAGAGCGCAAUUUUUGAUUACUGUGCGGGAGAGGACCUGAUGGUCCUUGGAUGGAUUCAUACUCACCCCACUCAGACAUGCUUUAUGAGUUCCCGAGAUUUGCACACCCAUGCUGGAUAUCAGGUUAUGAUGCCGGAGAGCAUUGCAAUCGUGUGCGCACCCCGAUUUACUCCGUCGUAA